AAGGACAGCGCUUUUUUUCUGUACUGUAAAAGGGACGUAAACGUCACGAGAGUGUCGUCAUAGCUACGUAAAAGCUCGAGACAGCAAACCGUAUUCCAACGGGAGAAUAUUUCUAGGGUGCUCGCGCGGCUGGAAAAAACAACAACAACGAUUGUCUUGUUUUUGUUUUUCGCCAAAACGACAUGAAUGACAGAUGUGACACUUUGGAUCACUUUUUAAUCGAUUUUAAUCGCCGGGCUUUUCGGAGAAGCGCGUUAAUAAAUCCGUUGUUUGGAUGUUCAGUCGAGCUCGGAGUGUGUAACGGUGUUAACGGGACGCCUCUGGCUUCACUGCACACUCAGCACGAGCGCCAGCGCGAGCUAGUCCGUUAGAGGCUUCUCCCCGCAUCCCUCUGUCCGUCCGUGCCCCUGCUGAGAGCGCGCGCGUGCAAGAGCGAUGUUGCCGUGUUUGCGCAGAGUUUUACGGCCGGCUCUCGCGCUCCGCCCGCUCGUGCCCGUCUCUAACCUGGGCACGCACGCGCGCAAUGAGCCCGUGGACCCGCUGAGCUCGCCGCAGGGAGCGCGAGACUUUAUCUUCGGCCUCCAUCCCGCCGAGCGCUCGUGCCUGCUGCGGGAACUGCACCGUUUCGAGUCCAUCGCCAUCGCACAAGAGCAAAUGGAAAUGGCUCCUCCCACUACGGCGCAGCUGAGAUAUGUUCUGCUUCACAACGCCAUUCCCUUCAUCGGCUUCGGCUUCCUGGACAACGCCAUUAUGAUCGCUGCGGGUACGCAGAUCGAGCUGUCUAUAGGAGUGAUCUUGGGCAUCUCCACCAUGGCAGCUGCUGCUCUCGGGAACCUGGUGUCAGACCUGGCUGGACUCGGUCUUGCAGGUUAUGUGGAAGCUCUGGCCUGUAGACUCGGCAUGCAGAUUCCCGACCUGAGUCCUAAACAGGCGGACAUGUGGCAGACCCGAGUCAGCUCUCAGAUGGGCAAAGCCAUCGGAGUGGGAAUCGGCUGCAUCCUGGGAAUGUUUCCUCUCUUCUUCUACAAAGACGACGAGAAGAAGAAGGAGGACGGAGCGCAGGACCCGCCUCCUCCUCCUCCUCCUCCUCCUGACUCCGCCUCCAAGAGCGCAUGAUGGAGAGCGGCGCUCCUCCCCGACGUCCUGUAAACGAAACGAACUGAUCAAACCGCGAGCCGAGCUGCCGACCGCAGCGUAUGUUCAUCCACACGUAUGCGCAUGGUUUUCUUUAACCGCGUCCUUGUGCUGAACUUAUUUUCAGUGAUCCUGAAGUUCCUCAGAAACGAGAGCAUGAAGGGAAUCUUCAACCAUUCUGCCUGCUUUUUUGGUUUUUUUUUUUCAAAUUGAUUGAAAGUUGUUGUUUUCUUUCCUCUUUCUAGAAAUCCAUCACUAAUAAUAAUCUGAUUCGUCCAUUUCCUCUCACAUUCGCGAUUCAAUUUUGAUCUUUGUUCUUUUUGUCGCCAUUCACAUUUAGUGCGUUAACGUUGAGGACGCACAAAAGACGUUUUGUCGUCAGGCGUAAAGUCGACCAAAGAAGAGAAGUGAAUUUACUCGACGCUUAAAGACGACGUGAAACACCAACCGUAACACGUUUUUAUCCCUCUUCUUCUUCAGUGUGGGGUUUGGGGAUGGGGCGGGAUAACGUGAUUAUUAUUGCUUAAUAUUAUUUUCCUUAUUUGCACGUGCAUGGUGAUGUAACCCAAAAAUAGUGUGAAAAAAUGGUUUUUGUAAAGUUAUUGCGUUUUGAUGGAAGAUUUAGGAAAACGUGGCGCACGGUGGCGUAGUGGUUAGCACGUUCGCCUCACACCGCCGGGGUUGGGGGUUCGAUUCCUUGUGUGUGCGGAGUUUGCAUGUUCUCCCCGUGCCGUGCUGCGGAGGUUUCCUCCCCAGUACAAAGACAUGGUAGGCUGAUUGGCGUGUCCAAAGUGUCCAUGGGUGUGUGAAUGUGAAUGCGCCCUGCGAUGGAUUGGCACCGCGUCCAGGGUGUACCCCGCCUUGUUCUCAUGCUCUCUGGGAUAGACUCCAGGUUCCCGCGACCCUGUAGGAUAACCGCUAUCGAAAAUGGAUGGAUUUCGGAAAAACUAAAACUUUUUGUAUUUUACGCGACACUUAAUGAAAAAUGGGUUUUUUAACAUUUUUGUUGCGGCUUCAUUUAUUAACAGCGUUAUACUUUUUUUUUUUCGCUUUCCUCCAGUUAUUGAAAUAGUUGAGUUGAAAUCUCUGAUUUCGUAAUAACGCACUAACUCACAAUUGUACGUAUUUAACAUCGUAACAUGCGACGCACUCCCUCUCUCCUGACCGUCAGGGAACUUAUUACAAUAUCAAUAUCAACAGUUUCACUUCUGCGCACAUGCUGAUGUCAAUGGAUUGAAAUGGAACCGAAUGUGAGUCAAAUCCUUAGUUAAUAUCACGUCACUGGAGUGAGAACGCGGAUUUUUACUCCCGGAAAUACUGGAUGAGCCUGUUACUUAUUUAAUCAGGCGUUUACUUCCGUGGGACAAAAUAUCAUCUACUGCAUCAUCAGUGUACACUUUAAUUGAAAUAACUCAAUAUCUCUGUGCAUCAUAGACACUGGAAAUCAGGACUUUAUAAGAGUUUAUGCUGUGUGUUUGAGUGUUUCAUUUGGGAAUCAGUUUAGAUUUAGGAAAGCAGUUUAAUGAGAUCGACGUGAUUUCUCCUCCGGGUCACUAGGGGGCAGCGAUGAAGACUGAAAGAAGGAACGCUACAAAAUGUGGGAAUCUGAACAAGCGCCACGUAUUGUUCUGAGUCAACGCACAAAAAUACACACACACGCACACAUUAAGCUAGCACAUGCUGAUUUACCUGAGUGACAGGUGUCCCGGGGGUCGACAUGGGCGGAGCUUAAGACAAUUGCAGAUGUGACCGGCGUGAUUUAGUGCUUAAUAUAAAAUACAGUUUUGCACAGUAUGGUCAUUUAGCAAGAGUAGCUAAACUUCGUUUCGCUUGGCUAACGUUAACAUCGUGACUUCAGCUAAUAAACAUUGUAAAGCUAUUUAAUUGCAUCAUUAAAAUCAGUACAAAAGUUUCUCAGCAAGCUCGCUAAUAUUCAGCUACGUACAACGUCGCGCGGUGAGCCUGUGCAGUAAGCGUUAUUAUAAUCAACCAGAAAGGGACUACGGAUAAUAAAAAAACAAAUACGUAAAGACGAUUCAUAAAAUGGCGUUAGCUUUUGAGCAACAGAAAUACAAGAUGUAUAGAGUUGGAAAUGCGUUCAAUAUUUUCCCAAAACGCACUCCAAAUUUAGAAGAUUGGAAGAAGCAAUGUUAGCCUCGGAUAACUAUUAGCUAACCGUUAGCAUUUUUUGGAGCUAGCUGAUCCAAUGUUAUACGAUCGAGCCUGUGAUUGGCAGAUUGGCGAAUUCAACUUAAGCUCCGCCCUCGUUCGCCAACCUCGCAGAUUCAGGAUAUCCUUACGCACACUACAUAGACACGUCAUAUACACUACAUGAGCAUUCCGCAGACCUCAGGCAUGCUUCUGUGUUAUUACACACCUUAAUACAGAGGCGAUGUGACGAGAAAAUCUUCAUUUACACCCGUGAUGAUGUCGUCGUGAUAAAUGUGGCUUUAGCAUGUUAUAAAUAUAUCUAGUUCUGUUAUCACAGCAUCACGACUACAAGCUGCAAAACUACACUGAAGGCUAAAAUGCUAGCUGUAGCGUUCCAGUUAGAAAGCUAAGCUAGCUUAGGAAGGGUUUUUAAGUACUUAUUUUGGCCAGAAAAGGUGUUUUUGUUUUUUGUUGUUGUUUUGUUUUGUUUUUUAUCUCAUAAGCUAAAAAAAAAAAUAUUAGGUAAACUUUUUUUUUUUUGCUUAAAUAAAACCGGUCCACAAGUUAUUUAGCACGCUAGUUAAUAUUAGGCUAGCUGUUUCACUGAUUUGUUUUCACUAGGAAGCUAGCAAAACGUAUACUAAUGAUUAUAGUUUGCUCAAACAAUACAAAAUGUCAUUUAUUUCUAAAGCUCAAAUGCUGCGAAUCGCACUGAGUAAAUAAAAAAGAACUAUUUAAACGAAUUAGCUUUAUGAUUUAAAUGCUAGUUAGACACAGUUAAAUCUGUAGUGAUCAUGUGACCAAGUUCCACACAAAUCCAAAAGAUUUUCAGCCUUUGGUUUUAGUGAAACGUUCACCGUAGUAUUAAUACUGAAUAUUAUUUGUUAUGGUUUGAUUGUGGUGAGAUAAUGGGACUAAAAUUAAUUUAAGUGAAUUUUGUUUUGCUGGAUUUUUUCGCACAUCUCUCUCUCUCUCUCUCUCUCUCUCUCUCUCUGCACACUCGGUUAAUCUGCAUGUUACACUGAUGUUUUUAUUUUAUGUUCGUUAUUUAUUUGUGUGUCAGUCAUGAAAUGCUGUUAUGUUUUAUUCAGAGCAUACUGACCGUGAUUUAAAGAGAUCAAAACUGCUCGAAAUUGUGAAGUGUUGUCGGAUGGCGUAACCGUGGCAACACCACAUCUCUUCAUCGGAGAUGGAACGAAGGUGUGCGGGAUCUCUCUGACCUCUGUGACGUUACACUUACAUUCGGGAACAAAGAAGGAAGCACAAGCGUUGAGAAGUGUGUGUGUGUGUGUGUGUGUGUGUGUGUGUGUGAGAGAGAGAUUUGUGUUCAUUAGUGAUUUAAUCAGAGACAUCAUUAGCUUGUAGUGACUAUGCAUUAAAGGUGAAAAACGCCACAGAAUGUUUUUAUACCUGCAUGCUGAAUUAUUUAUUAAACUUCUGAAAGGAGAUAGAAAUGUUUUUUCGAUUAUUUUAUCUUUGAAUGUUAUCUGUAAUUAAAUUUCGAGAUGACCUUCA